CACCAUCGGUUUGAGAACCACUGGACUUUCUGACUAAAUGCAAUCAAUAUAAACCAUCAUUAUAUAGUUUGGAGUGUGCGUUUUCAUGGCUCAGUGCAAGGUGUUGGUGCAAUUAGGUUUCGUUUCCGUGGAAGGAAGCAACAUUGGUUGGAAGGAAACUGUCUGCUGUGUUUCUGGAUUGUCAAAAAAAUAAAUGCAUUAUUAAUUCUGUCACUGUGCUACGUAAAUCAGCGGAUGUGGCGUAUUUGAACAGGUAAAAAAAUUCCACUCCUGAACGAACACAGAAACAGUGAAUGUAGGAAACAAAAACAGCAAAUUAUUUUCGAUCUCUGCAUCUACGCCGAAAGUGAGUGACGCGACGACGACGACGAUACGCGAGCUCACCUUAUCAAGGGUAGCAAUAGUGAGCAAUGAAAAUCCGCUGAUUGAUCUCGUCGUUACUCACAUUCAUAUAGGUAUUUCUCGCUUUUGGUGGAGCGUGAAUUACGGCAAAAACGUGACUGUGAUAAUGUGCUAUUAAAUAUGCUGACUUAAACUAACUUGUGAUAGUUUCAGCUUUGAAUUUUUGAUUGGAAAACAAGAAAACAAUGCCUUCAAAUGUUCAGUCUCCGAUUUCACUAAGCCAACGAUCGACCAGUUUCAAAGAUUGCGUACAACCUUUGGAAUAUUUUGGCCACUGGGAUGGUAAUGGCCGGGCGAAGAUUGUUAACAAUGGAGCAUCAGCAAUGAUUACAUUUUCGGAUCGGGCAUAUCAGCCGUUUAUUAUUGGAGGACCACUGGAUAGCAAGUACAUCUUCGAGCAGCUGCACUUUCAUUGGGGAGUCGAAGAUGAUUCAGGCUGCGAGCACAUCCUCGAGGGUAACACUUUCUCAAUGGAAGCCCACGCAGUGCACUACAAUGCUAGAUAUGGGAGUUUCCAGGAAGCGGUCGACAAACCGGACGGUCUGGCGGUGACGGGUUUCUUUGUACAUGCCUAUGGAGAUACCGAUUGCAGGGAAUUUGAGAAAAUUGUCAACGGGAUCAAGUUUGUUAAGAAACCUGAUUCGGAAGUUGAGAUUGAUGCUGAUUGUCUUUCGUGGAUGGGACUGCAAGAUCUUAGCAGACACUACUAUUCCUACAAGGGUUCUCUCACCACCCCACCUUACUACGAAAGUGUCACGUGGAUCGUAUACAAGACGCCGGUGUACGUGUCGCGAUCACAAAUAGCUGCCUUCCGGGAGCUGCAAUCUUGCCCAAAAGAUUCCAAUAAAAAAAUUGUCAACAACUAUCGUGAGGUACAAGUGCCUAAAUAUCACCCGGAGAUAAUAUUUGUGCGAAACAGCGGUCGGCCACGUUCAAAACUUUAAAUUGUAUUUCUUGUUGUAAAAUAUUGGUACCUUAGAUUGUUUUGAUAAAACAAUAAAAAAUUUCACAUUGAUUUAUAUAA